AAACGCAUUUUAAGGAAGAACUCCGCAUGAAGGCUGUGCACGCGAUGUGCAUUUGAACAGUUUAUAGUUAUUGUUAUAUCCACGUUAUUGUUAAAGCAAGCACUGAUAGCAAUUUUCCACAGCAUUCGUUGGAUGUUUAAAAAAAAAAAACACGCGCGUUGCGCGUCGUAUGAAACAUAUUCAAAAGUUGUUUGCUGUCUAUGUGCAUGUGUGCGUGUGUGUGAGCUUGUAUGUAUAUUUGUAUGUAUGUGCGCUGGCUUUAUUAAACAUUAACAUUGCGAAAAAUCAAUACAUAAGUCCCUCAGUGCUUGUGUGCUGUGCACCGUGUGUGGCAUUUGUGCAAAAAAUUGUGUUAAACAAAAAGGAUAAUCCAAGGAUAACGCCAGCAAGCGGUGCUUGGCGGUAGGGGCCAAGCAACACGCGCCCAACGCAUCCAGAACGAGAUCAUCAGGCACGAAUUGAGCUUCCUUUAGAGCUUCCAUUGGCGCUGGAGUUGGUCGGCGAUUGUGAAUUGAGCGAGUGUUGGGGGCAACACCAGCAACGAAGACAACAGCAGCAAUAGCAACAACCACAACAACCACAACAACAACAGCAACAACACGAUGUCCGCUGCCACACAAGAGUUUUGCGUGCGUUGGAACAGCCAUUUGGGCAGCAUUGGAGCGGCCUUUCCGCAGCUAUUGGCUGGCCAGAGAUUCGUGGACGUGACACUGGCCUGCGAGGGCCAUCAGGUGCAUUGCCAUCGGCUGGUGUUGGCCGCAUGCUCCACCUACUUUGAGGCCAUAUUGGCCGAGAAUCCGUGCAAGCAUCCGGUCAUCAUAUUGCCCAGCGAGAUCAAGCUGUGGGAGAUUCAGGCCCUGGUCGAUUUCAUGUACAAGGGCGAGGUGAAUGUGACGCAGGCUGGCCUGGGCCAACUGUUGCGCUGUGCCGAGCAGCUGCGUAUACGGGGCCUCUAUGGCUCCGAGGCGGCCAUCAACUACAAGCAGCUACAGCAGAUGCGCCAGGAUAUGGCGGCGCAAGACUCGGCAACCGCAGUCAAGCAGGAGCAACAGCAGCAGCAGCAGCAGCAACAACAGCAGCAGCAGCAGCAGCAUAUGGACAGCACUGAGACGGAUGAUACGGCCACCAAUUCGACGACAUCGACAACAACAACAAGCACAACGGCGCUGUCUGCCAAGCAACAACAACAGCAGCAGCAGCAACAACAACAGCAGCAACAGCAACAAUUGCUACUGCAACAGCAGCAACAACUGCAGCAAAAGGAGCAUCGUCAGCGCCAGCAGACGAAUGGCAACAAUACGUUGCAAUUGCAGCUCUUACAACAGCAGCAGCAGCAACAGCAGCAACAACAGUUAAAUGCGGGCUCAUCAGCGGCCGCAUCAAACAAUUCGAAUGCAGCAACCGAAGAUGAUUCAGCGGAUGAUGCGAGCAACAAUUGGAACGUCUAUAGCGAGAACUAUGAAGACUUUGCGAACAACAAGCUGAAUGCACAUCUGCUGCAGCAGCAACAACAACAGCAGCAGCAGCAGCAGCAACAGCAGCAGCAGCAGCAUUUACAAUUGCAGCAUCAUCUGGACUCGACCAUCGAGGACGAUCACAACUAUGUGGCUGCGCAUGAUGAGGACAACGAUAGCAGCGGCUUCGUUGGCAAUGUGGGCAGCACCAGCGGCCUGGCCAGCAAUGUGGCUGGACUGUCGCUGAGCAUGGACGCCGAUCUGGAUACGUCGGCAAAUACGUCCGGCUCCUCGCUGAUGCAUAGCUCCAUCGAUGGCUAUACAUCGUAUAAGCGUGUGAGACGCUCGGAGGCGUCGCUGGCCCAGGCCGCCAAAUGUGUGUCCAAGGGCGAAACCUUUCAGACAGUGAGCAACAUGUUCAACAUACCCGUCUCCACCAUACGCUUCUAUAUGGCCCGCAAGGGCAUCUUGCCGAAGCGCAAGCGUGGCCGAGGCGCCUCACAUGCCGGCAGCACCAUCACAACGACAACCGGGUCGGGCAACUCACCGGCUGCGGCCGCAGCGGCGGCAGCAGCAGCAGCGGCCACCAUGGCGGCGGCCACCACAUUGGGCAGCCUGUCGACAGCCGGUGCGCAUCAUGUGCCCCAUCAUUUGCCCCUGGAUGCCAUACAAUUGAAGCGUCUGACUAAUGCCAGCGGCGGAGGUGGCGGCGGCGGUGGUGCAGCCGGCAGUCCGACAACGGCAACGGGCACAGCGGCGGCGGCUGCAAUGGCAGCAGCAGCAGCAGCUGCUACGUCAUCGCCAACAGCACAGCGACUGGAGGUGGCAACGGCGGCCGGAGUGCCCUUUCAUCUGCUCAGCGAUGCGGCGGCCUUUAAGCUGAGCGAACAACAACAGCAGGCGCAUAUAAUCUAACCAUGAGGUUGGCUUCGCUUGCACUCAAUCUAUAUGUGAGGCGUGAGAGGCGUGAGAGGCGUGUGAGAGUGAGCCGAGCUCUGUGGGACAAUCGAAAGCUAUUGCGGAAUGGGGCCGAGAUGCAGCUACUCAUUGGCUAAGAUACAACGCGUAUAUACGU